CUGCCGACCGACCCCCUCGCAGGAGGCGAAAUUCCCCAUCUGCCCUUCGCCCGGGAGUCCGAGAACUUCACCGCCGCGAACUCGGGCGAAAUCUCGUCAUCGCCCGAGCCGACUCCAUCGCAGCCGACCGGAAUCUUCAUGGUUUCACCCCCCGCCAGCGUGACCUCGACCCAGCAGCAAGUGGAGGACGACGCCGUUUUCCUCACGCCGCCUGAGCACCACCUCCCCUCUUACUUCUCCGCCGAUGAUCAAAACCUCGAUGGGUCACCCUCCGACAGCGCCAGGCCCCUUGUUCGGCAUGGUAAAGCAAGAAUUGAUAGAUCUUCAGACAGGGGUUGGGAUGACGGGAUCGAUCCGCAUGAAGCUAGGGUUCCGGCGGAGGCACUUGGUGGGGAAACAAUUCCUGCAGACGAAACGGAGGCAGUUUUUGAUGAAACCGAGGCACCUCGAGGUGCACAUGACGAGACUGAGGUUAUAGUUGUGGACAGUACGGAUUCUGGUGGUGCUUGGAAUUUGGAUGAUGAUUCAAUGGACAUAAUUAGAGCUGGAGAAAUUGUUGUAGUUCCUAAAACUGGUGAGUUGCCGAAAGAUGGUUUACCUAAGGUUAAGGGCAAUCAUGGAAAUCGUAGGUCAGAGGACAUUGUUGAAGCAUUGGAGGAUAUCAGGGUAAAUAGAAGUAAGGAACUUCAUGAAACUGGCCAUUCCGUAAAUGGAUCAGAGCUUUCUGAAAAGAUUCAUACUGAUGGAAAUCUGAAAACUAAGGGUAAGAGCAUUGAGGAAAUUGACAAGUUCAGAUAUGUUAGUGCGCGUGAUGGCCAAGGAAGUCGGAAGAGAGCAGCUAGUGAUGUUAGUGGGUUAGGAAGAAAGAGGCAUUUACCUGUGACAUUGGAGGGGAAAGGAAAGUGUGUUGAAGGGCAGAGUUCAGGGGAGACAAUGGAGUCGAAGAAGGGUUUAUUGGACUUUUUGAAUGUACUGAGGAUUGUUGUUGGAGAUAAGGAUUGUGGUGGUGAAGAUGUUGACUUUUUAGAGACGGCGAAGAAGAGGGGUCUGACAUUUCCUCGGCCGAGAUGGUGGCUCGACAAGGGUGACGACGAGUGA